UGGACCUGCCAGCGUCCGGCUAAGACGCACAGCUUAAAAUUCGAGUUCGCGGCCGCCACGCCGUCUCUCCCCAGGGCUUUUAUACUCGCAUUGGCUUGUCCUCUGGGUCACAAUUCGGAGGCACCGACGUGGCUCAUCGUUCCGGGGAAACACAUCGGGUAAUAAAAUAUGCCCAAGCCCUUGUAUGGCGUCGUUGAAAGCACAGAGGUCCUAGAAGCGGCAGCGCACCCCGCGGGACCAUUGCGUGGCAUUGCCGCCCGUCGUGCAUUCAAGUCAAUUGAAAAAGUCCAAGCUGCUGCGAGGCGUUACCUUGUGUUGCAGAAAUAUCCCCAGCUUGCUCAACUUCAUGAAGAACAACCUCGUGAUCUCUCUUACGCGUCCUCUCUUCUGUUGCACACUCCAACUCAAAUUGGCGCCGCCACCUCUGACCUGACCGCCUCUCCAGUUUCGAAUACCCUUCCGACAACGCCUCAAGCACUCCAACCCCCUCCCGAUCAUUCCGUUCCCACCACCUAUCGAAUACCCAGUCCUCGACCGCAUCACCUUAUACCGACACCUCAUUAUAACCGUCCCGAACACGCUAUUGUCGAUCUUGCCGCUCAGAUUCGUGCAACCCAGAAAGUCAACACACAGCUUCUCGUCCAAAUAAAUGUACUAGAAACUAGACUUGCUGACUGGAAAGUUAAAGCGCUUGCUGCCGAGGCAUUGGUGAAGGAUCGGGAAGGCGUCAUCGGCACUGACUCUGUCUCCCUCUCCUUAUUCGAGAGGGAGAAAGAGGCUGUACGGGAGCUUCGAGAGAAACUCGAAUGCAGCAUUGCACAUGAAGCCGCCUCUAAGGGCAACCUAAUGCAGGUGCGUGGGAAGGUGCAAUCGCGUGCGAGGAUCCUGGAAGCGAACCGGGCUAGGGAGUCCAAGUCCAGUACAUCUCCUCAAGACGCGGAAAGGGCCCUUCGGGCAACCAUAAGUAGAGCUCAAGUGUUUUUAGAGAUCACUACCCGAACUUCGCGACCACAGCCACGCCCAACAGGCACGUCGUUGCCUCAAAAUCACAGCAACGAGCACGCGGCAACGGUGCAAUCCACACUCAUUAAGCUAAAUCGCACGCGUAGAAGCCCCUACGCUCCUACCAAACCCCCACUUCCCAAGCUUCUUACUCUACACAACCUGGCUUCCUCACUUCCUCGACCACCCCGGACGAGAACGCCAGGGCUGCAGGCCCGUCUGUCCGUUCCUGUCACAGACACGACGUUCGUUCAAGACAGGGCAGCAGUGAACAAGCGGCUCGCUGCUUUCUAUGCUCCUCGUCCAUCCCCCCUUUCAGAGGUAAGGAAUUCUGGGCCUCUUGCUCCAAAUCACUCGUUGAGUGUGAAGUAUCCCACCAUACCCCCCACUCCUCAUUCUGCGCCACCACCGCCACCACCGCAGUCACAACUUCGCGGUGAACCAAACGGCGAGCACAGGCUGCCAUCAUGGGUCGACGAAAUGCUGGAUCACAUUGCACAUCCCCUACAUCACCAUCGUCUUGCUUCGGCAGAUCUAAACAGGGCCAUAUUGGCUAAGCGAACGGCCAGCACAUCUUCUAUUGACAAUUUGCAUCUAUCCCUCCAAGUCCCAUCCUCCAGCCCCACUCGGGAAGACUGGGAUCUCAUAAGCGAUAAUGAAACCCUUGGAGGAUCGAAAGUGAACCUACUGGCCCUCGGCGAAGCGGCACCUUCGGAUAGCAUCCACCCGACGUCGUCCAUGAGCAAACUGCGAAAACGCACACCACAUAUCCUUCCGCAUCAACAAGAAGGAAGCCAGUCAAGCAGUAUACAAUCCUCUUCUGGAUCCGGAUCUGGAUGGUUCAAGAAUGUUGCCAGUAAGAUUGGGCACCCAGGCGCCAUUUCGCCGAAACCUGAACGUGUGCGAGGGAAGAAAGGGUCGACUGUGUCUCGUAUAUAAUUUUCAUUUACAUGCGCGUCCUAUUAUUUCGGUAUCCCUUUUAUGAUAGUUUCACUCGUUUUCCUGAUCUCUUCCAUUGCUCGCCUGCAUGGGCGCAUUGACACAAUAUACGCAUACCAAUGUAUACCAUUAUUCCAUCACACCAAUAGCCGAUUUAAUACCAAGUAUCACUGGCAGUCCCA